AUGCUUCCUAUGGAUUUAGGGGCUCUGUGGAAGGUCAUAUGUCGCCGUGACCGUGACUGGGAAGAGAGCUUUGUCUUGCAGCACGGUCAGCUUCAAAGGUGGCUGAUCAGUGCGCGCAACGUUUUAACCAAGUCUGACGGGCUGCACACAGUAACAUUGGCAGACAUAGAGCUCCAAACAAGAUAUAUUCUUUUCGUUAUUGGGCAAUAUACAUCCCCUAACUCGAGCUUUCUAGCUGAAACCUUCCAAAGCGAAUAUCCUCCGUACCGGCCGUUUGGGGCGAGGGCAAGCAUCGCGCUAAUUUGUCUUGUCUUUGAGGGCAUUCGGGUUGAUGAAAUGGAAGGAUAUGAAUCAAAGGAAAUAUGGACUCGCGACCAAAACUUCCUGAAAAUGAUGGCAUCCCGGCUAAAGGAAUCGCCGUUGUUUGGCCCUGAAGUUUCAAUGCUCCAUUUGCAGUCUAUGAUAUUAAGCCUACAGAGGGCUUUCCAGUGUGAAGAAAUUCGUGUUUCUAGCACGAAGUUCCGGACUUUGAGGAUCGAAAGCCACUUAGAAGUGCUAGGAUAUUAUCGACGGGCAUUUCUGGCUUUCGACCCAACACUAUUGCCAAAGAUUUUGGCCUCAUUGAGCAAAGCUGACGAUAUCACUGACAGCAUUGGCCAGAACCAGCUUACCAAUAUGGAGAGGUGCUUGGACAGAACCAAUUUGGCCUUGCGUCUGGCCAAUAUUUUCACAUCACUUGCGCCAGAGUGUUUGGACGCUGCUUUCCAAAACAUCUGCGAGAUUCAGCAGUCAAAAGCUGAUAAAGUCGUCGCUAUGGAGAUGAUGCAUGUCAAGUCAUUCGAAGAAGCAUACAAGUUGAACAGGAUUGACCCUACUACUGUCCGUGUUUUCCAUGUUUCCCCUUGA